AGAUGACUGAGAGUCAGUAUCAGAGACAGCAGUGCUGCUGUCGAGACAAGUCCCCGUGUUUCUCUCUGAAGAAGACAAAAUGAACAGAAUCCAUCAGGUUUUUGUCAACAAAACAGCAGAUUCUCUGCCAACAGCUGUUCACCAACGUGAGGUCCCAACGCCGUUUGUUGUGAUGGCAAAAAAACGUCAACUCUACGGAAAGGAGAGGAUUUCUUAUAUGACUGUCUCUUCUGAGUUCAGACUGAGUUAUGGACUCUGAAGCCAGCGGGACGAUGGAGGUGGCGGCACUCGGCCGGCCUUUCGGCCUCGGGAUGUUGUACGACUGCCGCAAAGACUCACUCGUCCCUGGAAUGACACUGUGGGACCACGAUGACUUGAAAAGUAAUAUUGGAGAAAGACCUCAGAACUAUAAUGAUUUUGAGAUAGUUGCAUCUGAAUCAAUUGAGGACAAAUCGUUAGCACUUAAUGUUGAAACAUCGUUGAAGGCAAGUUUUUUAGGUGGACUGGUAGAGGUUGGAGGAUCGGCCAAAUACUUGAAUGACAGUAAGACUUCCAAAAAUCAGGCCAGAGUAACACUGAAGUACAAAGCUACCACAAAGGUCAAGGAACUGUCGAUGGAUCAUCUUGGAAGAGGCAAUGUGAAGCAUCCAUAUGUCUUUGAUCAAGGAUUAGCAACACAUGUAGUCACAGCUAUUCUUUAUGGGGCACAAGCCUUCUUUGUAUUUGACCGUGAGGUGUCUGAAAAGGAAAGUCAUCAAGACAUUCAGGGCAAGUUGAAGAUGAUGAUCAAAAAGAUUCCCAGCGUUGACAUAGGAGGGAAAGGUUCACUGACAAUGGAAGACAAGGAAAAAGAAAAUGCUGAGAAAUUCUCCUGCAGAUUCUUUGGAGACUUUUCUCUUGAAAAGAAUCCUGUGUCCUUUCAGGAUGCAGUAGAAGUCUACCAAAGCCUGCCAAAAUUGUUGGGAGACAAAGGGGAAAACGCGGUGCCAAUGAAAGUCUGGCUGUUGCCACUGACAAGUUUAGAUUCUUCUGCUGCUAAACUUGUCCGUCAGAUAAGUACAAGAUUAGUUCAAGAAUUACAGAGUGUCCUGGAGGAUCUCAGUGAGCUAGAAAUGAAGUACAGUGAUGCAUUGAGAACCACAGCUGCACAGCAGUUCCCACAGAUUGGCAAAAAGCUUAAAACGUUCAAAGGAAUGUGCUCCGAGUUCAAGCUGGAGUUCCAACGAACCUUGGCAAAGAAACUUCCGUCAAUCCGAGGCGGAGGAGAAAUGGAGAGUGUGCUUGCAGAGAUACUGAAGAAGAGACAUUCUUCGCCUUUCAACAGCAAAAACCUGAACGAGUGGAUGGACUGUAAAGAAAGAGAAGUUGACACAUUGAUGUCUUUCACCAAAAUGAUGCCAAACGCCAAGAUCCUCCCCUCUCAAAAUCAUCUGUACAAAGAAGUUCUCAGUGCAGAGCAUGCUGUGUGUUUUGUUUUCACCUCACUAGGAAGUGCUGAACCGUACCUCUCCGCUUUAUCAAACUACUUAAAACAAAUACCAGAAGACCCUCAAGAUGCACAUACUCAAGAUGUAGAAAAGGAACAAUGGUACGCCUCAAAAGAAGUAGCAGAAAAAAUGAGGCAAGAGGCAAAGCUUUUCAGUUACUUUGCAGAGGCCAACAAGGAGAACAGGAACAUUAAGUUCCUGGCAGUGGGUUCAACAAAUGAGACACAGAAAGGUUCAAGCAUCUUGCUUUAUAAAGACGGCUUUUCUGUAAAUGAGAACUUUGAGCCUCCUUCAAAGCCUGAAACAGUGACAGUAAGUGAAAUAAGCCACAACAGUGUGACACUGAAAAUUUCUCCACCCAGAUUUGGAGCACAGAACAUCACGUCCUACUCUGUUGAGUACUGUGUGAGUGGAGAGGUUGGAUGGAAACAGAAGACAGCAUCAAAAGCCCAAAAAGAAGUCACAGUGAGCGAUCUUAGUCCUCACACAGAGUAUAUGUACAGAUGCAGAGCAGUGACCUCAGCAGGUGUUGGGCCAGCCAAUGAAGUCAGUGUUCCCAUUAAAACCUUACCUUGCUACCCUCCUGGAAAACCUCGAGUUGAACCAAACUCAAGAGAGAUAUCAGUUAGCUGGGAGAAACCUGCUGAGCUUGGAGAAGAUGUCCAAAUUUUGAGGUACAUGGUGGAGCACGCCAAAACAAACAGCGGACUGAAAGAGGAAGAUCUCCAAUGGAACCAAACAAUGGCAGUAGCUGAAAAGGCGAUCAUUUCAGAGCUUGAGUCAGAGACAGAAUAUGUUGUCAGGGUCAGAUGUGAUUGUGGUGAGGCUGGCAGAAGCAAAGAAAGCAUCGCUGUUAAUGUCUGCACAACAAUGUUUACACUAGCAGAAUUCCUCAAAAGUUCAAGCAAAAGGAUAAAUUCUGAAUCCCCCUCAGUUUAUAAACUGACUCUGACAAAAGAAGAAGAUAUGGACAUCAAGGGAUGCCAGAGAUUCAGUUUUGGCAAAGAGAGCAUGAGGCAAAAUUGCACUGUAAUGCUGUUCGGCAUGACCGGAUCAGGAAUAUCUACUCUAAUCAAUGCUAUGAUCAACUACAUUGUUGGCGUAGAGUGGAUGGACAAUUUUAGAUUCAAGUUAAUUGAUGAUGAUCAGCCAAGAUCGCAUGUGAAAUUCAGACUUCCGAAGUCACUGUGUACAAAAUCAACCACCAGGAGGGUUUUAAAAUAAACUACUCGCUGACCAUUGUUGACACUCCAGGUUUUGAAGACACAGGAGGCCGAGAAAGAAACGAGGAGAUCAUUGAGCAUCUGUGUAAUCUCUUCUCUGCUGAGUGUGGGCUCAGUGAAAUUGACGCUGUGUGUUUUGUAGCUCAGGCUGCCAUAGCACGACUCACCCCACCACAGAAGUCUGUGUUUGAUUCCGUGCUCUCAGUCUUUGGCAGAGAUGUGGCAGAAAACAUCCAGGUGCUUGUGACAUUUGCAGACAGACAGCAACCACCAGUUCUAGAGGCAAUCAAUGCUUCAGGUAUCCAAUGUCCUAAAACAAAAGACGGGCUGCCAGUUCACCUCACGUUCAACAAUUCAGUGUUGUUUAGAGACAACAGAUCAUCUACAGCACAUAGCAUGAGUGGAGAAGAUGAAGAUAGAAGCUUUGAUCAGAUGUUUUGGAACAUGUGGACAAAAAGCAUGAAGAGGUUAUUUGUUGGUUUGGAUGCCGUAGACACCAAAAGCUUGACAAUGACCAAAGAGGUCCUCAGAGAAAGAAAGCACCUCGAGAGUUCGUAUGAAGAUUUGCAGAAGCAGGUUAAAGUUGGGUUAGCCAAGCUCGUAGAGUUGAAAGAGACGUAUGAAACCCUUGAAAAACACGAGGCAGAGAUCAACAGAAAGGAGAACUUUGAGUUUGAAGUCACUGUCAUGAAGCCUUUUAAAGUAGAUAUUUCUAGUACUGGAUCUCACAAGUACAGGUGGGAGUAUGAAGAGGUUAGAGAGAAAAAAACAGUGACAGAGCUGAAAAAGAAGUACCUAGAAUCCACAGAGGCCAACACACCUGUUGAGGCAUUGAUUGAUAAACUGAAGGCUGAAUGCAAUCGUGUGGAGGCGGAGGUGGUGAAACUGCUAGAGAGCUCUGCCGAGUGUUUGAACAGACUUAAAGAGAAAACGCUGAAGCCAGAUCUGCUCUCCACUUCGGAGUACAUUGACAUGCUGAUUGACGCAGAGACAUCGGAGGCCAAGCCAGGCUGGAAGAAAAGAGUUAAGUCCCUGAGAG